AUGGCCAAGCUGUUGGAUCUUCCAACCGAGCUCCUCCUCCUCGUCCUCUCCCAUUUCAACCGCUUCAUGUACAAGGACGAGCUCCAAGCUCUCUGUCUAUCCUCCAAGCGUCUCUGCUCAAUUGCUCAACCAUUCCUCUAUCGCGAUUUCGUUCGUGAAGUUGACUGCCAGUGCUGCCAUAAAACCGGUACGCCACCAGGACGCAUCGUACCCCUGAUCCUCUUCACCCGAACCUUGAUCUCUCUCCCAGACCUCGCCUGUGUACGGAGUGCGACCUUUGAUAACUCAGAAGACGUAUUCGAUGAUGAGGAUGUCCGCGAGGUGGGCUUUGAUGCCGAUACGUUCAAAGCGCUUGCCACCGGGUUUCAGCGGCUUUCUGGUAUCUGCAGAGCUCGUUUAUUCAUGGAAGCAGCAGCUAUGGGGUCUAACCCGUAUAUUAUUGUUUUGGCUUCUAGUAUGCCGAAUCUAGAGCGCUUGAAAUUAACUAUUGGAGAAGAGGGACUAUAUGGCCUUGAGCCACUAUUUACCCAAUGGCACUCGACUAACCCCGCCCAGCCAUACCUCAGAAACCUGAAGUCCAUUGUGAUAAGAGACUUGACAUUUACCGAGUCUGGAUCCAUGAUCAACCUCGACUAUAUCCUGGAACUACCUCAUCUAGAGGAGUUCACAUUAAUAAAUCUUAAUGGAGACGCCGAGAGCUGUCCUCUGUUCGAAAUACAGCCGGAAACCCUAAACAUAUCCUCUUUGUCACUCCUAGAGGCCUCUCUCGAUACUGAAAGUCUCACAGCAAUAGUGGAGGGGUGCAGAUGUCUCAAGCACUUCAGCUACUAUGGGUGCAACUACGACGGCAACAAUCUUGAAGAAUCAAGCCAAUUUGACCCUUCCGAGCUUGUAACUAUACUUUCCUCGCAAAAGAAUAAUAUUAUCACACUCAGAUGCAAUCUUGAUUGGGAAUACAUCCACCCCACCCGUUGGAGCAGGUGCUCGAAAUACGGCUCUUUUGCGUCUUUCAAAAACCUCAUCCAUCUCGAAGUCGAUCAGUACCCCUACACUCCGAGACAAGAGCUUCCAAAGUCGCUCCACUGCCUUACAAUCAGAAAUAUUAGUUUCCCCAUACUCGACACGGUCGGAUCGCUGAGUAUACGUACUGUGGAUGCUCCCAUGUACAGACUUACCAAUGAACUCCCGAACCUCAAAUUUGUUACUCUGCAACCCCGAGAUGUCAUCCCAAAUGGAAUGCUAGGAAUACACAGCCGGUACGACCAUACAAAGGUGUAUGACAACCCUAAUGUUUUGUCGAAAUUCACUGUCGCGUGUGAGAGACUCUGGGAUAUUGUGAAGGAAUGUUCAUUUGUUGUUCAAAUUGACCACCAAGUGUGGAUGGAAUUCUGGUUGAACUACUAA